CCGACUUGCUGCAGAGUCUUCGUUUGCCUUGUCAUCCAACUAAUUUCACAAGAUGGCACCUUCAGCAACAUCAUCCCCGGGAAUCGGUAUUGCCAAUCUACCCAACCAGCGUCAUAAGAUCGUGACUCAAAGGGGUGCAAACUUCACUUUAAUGGUUUGUGGCGAGUCCGGUCUAGGUAAGACUACCUUCGUCAACACGCUUUUUACCACUGGCAUCAAGGAACAUAAGAAUCAUGUUAAGCGCCACUCGGAACAGUUGGACAAGACUGUCAAGAUUGAGAUCACCAAAGCUGAGCUGGAAGAAAAGUUGUUCAAGGUUCAAUUGACUGUUAUCGACACCCCUGGAUUUGGUGACUAUGUGAACAACAGAAACAACUGGGACCCCAUCAUUGAGUUUUUGGAUGAUCAACACGAAAGCUUUAUGAGACAAGAGCAACAGCCCACUAGAGAGGGAAAGAUUGACAUGAGAGUGCAUGCUUGCUUGUACUUUAUUCGACCCACUGGUCAUACAUUGUCAGCUUUGGACGUUGAAGUCAUGAAGCGUCUUGGAUCUCGCGUCAACCUUAUCCCUGUCAUCGCUAAGGCUGACACUCUUACCCCUAAGGAUCUUGCCGAAUUUAAGCAGAAGGUCCGCGACGUCAUUGUUGCCCAGAAUAUCCACAUCUAUUCUUGUCCUAUUGAAAGCGAAGAAGAGUCCACUACUGCACGUAACCAGGACAUCAUGUCAGCCAUGCCUUUUGCUGUCAUCGGUUCAAUUGAUACCGUCAACACUACAGAUGGUAGAACUGUCAUUGGCAGAGAAUAUAGCUGGGGUGUUGCUGAAGUUGAGAAUGAUGAGCACUGCGACUUCAAGAAGUUGCGUAGCCUUUUGAUCCGCACUCACAUGUUGGACUUGAUUUCUACCACUGAAGAGACUCACUACGAGACUUACAGACAAGGCCAGAUGGAGACUAGAAAGUUUGGAGACCCCAAGGUCAAGAACUACGAUAACCCCAAGUUCCGUGAAGAGGAAGAUAUGCUUCGCAAGAGAUUCACUGACCAAGUCAAGUCGGAGGAGAACCGUUUCCGUCAAUGGGAACAGCAAUUGAUCGCUGAGAGAGAUCGCUUGAACAAAGACCUAGAGACUCAACACGCUCAAAUCAAGUCUCUCGAGUCCGACUUGGAGUCUUUGUAUCAGCAACAGAACCGUGGAACCAUCAGAAGAUGAAGUAGGGGAUGAUAGCAUAGCCCAGGAGAACUGAUAUUCUAGAGAUUUUGAGCUUGUCAACCCCCACCCCAAUAUGUAGAUUAAUUAUUGAUAUCCACGCAUUCUGUUCUCUUCUUUCAAUAUCUAAAUACCAUAUCAUUGGUAACUUUCCAUGGCCGUAGAAGACAGUGUUUUAUGCCAUGAGUGGCCUGGCAAGCAAGGGUUAGCAUUUUGUCAAAUUGACAAGCAUAAGCAA